AACAAGACAAAUGUGAAUGAAUUCAUCCUUAUGGGCCUGACUAACAUCCCUGAACUUCAGACCUUUUUCUUCUUUCUUUUUUUGCUACUCUAUUUUUCCAGCCUCUUAGGAAAUACCAUCAUUUUAGUCAUAACACUGAGUGAACCACGUCUUCAUACACCUAUGUACUUCUUUCUUGUAAACCUCUCUUGCCUAGAUAUUUGUUACUCUACAGUCACUGUACCCAAGAUGUUGACUGGCUUUCUUGUGGGAUAUUGGAGGAUCUCUUUUAUUGGAUGUCUUACUCAGCUCCAUUUUUUCCACUUCCUAGGCAGCAGCGAAGCUUUAUUGCUGGGUGUCAUGGCAUAUGACCGCUAUGUAGCAAUAUGCAAUCCACUCCGUUACACCACUAUCAUGAAUAAGACAGCCUGCAUUAGAGGAGUGAUAACUACCUGGACCACUGGAUUCUUACAUGCUCUAAUGCAUACAGUUAUGACUUCCCAGAUACAUUUCUGUGGCCCUAACACUGUACAACAUUUCUUCUGUGAUAUUAAGCCCCUCUUGAAGCUGGCAUGCUGUAGUAUCACACUGAAUCUCAGCCUUCUCAAUAUCAUCACUGGUUUGAUUGUUUUGCUCCCUUUCAUCCUGACAUUUCUGUCAUAUGUCUACAUCAUCUCCUUUCUCUUUUUAAAAGUUAAAACCAAGGAAAGUAGAACAAAAGCCUUUUCUACAUGUGCAUCACAUCUCACAGUUGUGACUCUUUUCUAUGCAGGGGCCAUUUUGACUUAUGUUCCUCCCUCUUCUGGACAAUCACUGCAGCAGGAAAUAAUGGUAACUCUUAUGUACACUAUUGUCACUCCAGUCAUGAAUCCUCUGAUUUAUACUCUAAGGAACAAAGAAGUAAGAGCUGUUAUUAAAAAAACAGUGUCAAACAUUCAGAUAUUACAUAUGAAUUGA